AUGCGCAAACAAGAACUCCUUUCUGAACAUCAGUUGGAGCAGAGGGAGCGGGAAAACGGUGAGGAGGAAGGCGAAGCGAAGCGGCCCAGAAAGCGGACUGUUGCUGAGAGGCGCAUUGCGAUGAUUAAAGAGGAGGAAAUUAAAGCUGGGUAA